AUGUCUUCGGCGUCCGCCGGGGUGCUGAAGCCCGAAAAGCUUGAUGAUGCCGCCUCCUGGGCCUCCAUACCGACCGAACUCCUCCUCGCUGAGCUCUCGAAAAGACACGGUCAUAGUGGUGCCUCCAAUGCAGAAGCGGCUGCCGCCAGCACCGGGGCCGCCAAGCCGCAGUGCGGUUCUUCGAGUAAAGAAUCUUAUGACACCGCGUUGCACAUUGGUGCACUCAUCCUGAUAUUGGCGUUGAGCACGAUCUCUUGCGGCAUCCCCCUCCUUCCCCGAAGGUCAUCGAAAGGCCGCCCCCAGAGCAAAAUCCUCUUCUACUGUCAACACUUCGGCACCGGCGUGCUCCUCGCGACGUCCUUCGUCCAUCUUCUCCCAACAGCCUUCGCCUCCCUCACCGACCCUUGCCUCCCCUACCUCUUCAGCAAAGGCUACACGCCGAUGGCCGGCUUGAUCGCUCUGGUAGCUGCACUCUCCGUUGUCGCGCUCGAGUCCUACUUGGCAACUCGGGGUGCCGGUCAUUCUCAUUCACAUUCACACGAGUAUGAGUACUGGGGCGAGGAAGGCGGCGCCCAAUCCCCAGUCGGAAACCGGCAUGCGACAGCAAGCCUGGCAUCACACAGACACGGCUCUCAUCGGCCGGAAGAUAUCAACCUCGACAAUAUGGAUUCUACUCAAGGGCUGAUGGCUGGCGCCUCGCCUCUGCCCAGUUCGACGCCGACACAAGCGAAAGCAAAAACCAGCCUCGCACACGGGCGUGAUAGCUUCGACGACACUGACGACGAGGACGACGACAUUGACCUCGACGUCAACGAGUUGAAUCCCGUAGCUGCCGGUGAGCCCAGGGGACGACCAAGUUCGCCCGGUAGCCGCCCCAAGAUUACAGUCACGCCGGGCGCACCCCACACUGUCACAAAAGAGGAGCAAAGCAAGCUUCUCCGGCAGUGUCUCCUGUUGGAGGGUGGCAUUCUCUUUCAUAGCGUCUUCAUCGGCAUGGCCAUCUCGGUAGCUACAGGCCCGACCUUCAUCGUCUUUCUCAUAGCCAUCAGCUUCCACCAGACGUUCGAGGGGCUUGCCCUCGGCAGCCGCAUCGCCGCCAUCCAGCUGCCCAGGUCGUCGCUUCGCCCGUGGCUUAUGGUUCUCGCGUUCGGCGGGACGACGCCGCUCGGCCAGCUCAUCGGCCUGAUUGUACAUAAUCUGUACGAUCCCAUGAGCCAGACCGGACUGUUGAUGGUUGGUUUCAUGAACGCUAUCUCGGCAGGCUUGCUCCUCUUCGCUGGGCUUGUGCAACUACUGGCGGAGGAUUUCCUCUCAGAGAAGAGCUAUAAGCUUCUGCAAGGCAGGAAAAGGCUUUAUGCCUACAUGGCCGUGGUUGGCGGAGCGUCACUGAUGGCAUUAGUAGGGGCGUUUGCUUAA